AUGGUUCUCUCCUUUAUACUAGUUCAGAACCGCCAGGGUAAGACGCGCCUUGCGAAAUGGUAUGCGCCUUACAGCGAUGAGGAGAAAGUGAAACUCAAAGGCGAAGUCCAUCGUCUGGUGGCACCCAGAGACCAGAAAUACCAGUCGAAUUUUGUCGAAUUCAAACGGAGUACAAAAAUUGUGUAUCGGAGAUAUGCGGGACUAUUCUUCUGUGCCGGCGUCGAUGCUACCGACAAUGAGUUGGCGUAUCUCGAAGCGAUCCAUUUCUUUGUUGAAGUGCUGGACCAGUUCUUCGGGAAUGUGUGCGAAUUGGAUCUAGUUUUCAACUUCUACAAGGUGUAUGCAAUUCUAGAUGAGGUUUUCCUUGCAGGCGAAAUUGAAGAGACAAGUAAACAGGUUGUUUUAACAAGGUUGGAACAUUUGGAUAAACUGGAAUGA